AGCCGCCGCUCUUUGUUGACUGCCAGUUUUACUGUAGACGCAGGCACGAAUCCCCUCUGCGGUGCUGAACAAGACUUUAUUCUGCUCUCCUCGCUUUCUUCUUUUUUUUUGUAGGCUUUCCUCGUAUCAUCCACGCACACACCGUAUUCUUUCAUCCCACCCGAUAAACUACGACGCUUCUUGUGGCUGUUGGCUCCUGCGAUUUUCUUUCUUUGGUUUUCCUUGUGUUUUUUUUUUCUUCUGUCUUGCAGAUCAGAACUUAUAGUUUUCAGGCGUUUUUCUUUCUCACUUGUCUUUCUUUGCCUCUGCUCUUCUCCGCAGCUACACAACGCACCACCACUUCCCUUUCUCUCCAUUGUCUCUCUUCAAUUAUUGAUCUCUGCAAAGCUGCACUCUUUCGUUGUGCGUGUCUGUGUGUGACGAGUAUUUGCAACUCGCUAUUAUUAUUAUUAUUAGUUCUCUCAUUUCUUUAUAUAUUAUUUGUUUCCUUGCUGUGCUUAUUUAAAAUAAAUAAUAAAGAGUGGUGGCGGAUUGCAGUGCGAGCUGCACUUCAAUACGGCAAGGUACAUAUAUGUAUAGUGAACCCUCUGCUUUCAGCCGUUGCGAGGCGCUAAAACGAGUUUAGUGCUUUCUUACCCUCUCCUUUGAAAAGAGAAAAUUAAAAGACAAUACAUAUAUAUAUAUAUAUAUAUAUAUGUAUAAUGUAUAGAAGCCACGUCCAGCAUGCUUCCCAACAACAUGGGCAACAGCAACCCCGGCAGCGGCGGCCGCGAGGCCGGUGACGCCGCCGUUCCUUUUCUGCAGCGCAUUCGCAGCGAGUCCGACACCGCGGAGGGUAACGCAGCGGUAAGUGUCCAACGAAAUCACAGCAGCAGCCCCCACACCGCGACAGCGUGCUACGGGGGGACGGAGACGCACGCACUGCGCAAGCGAAACCCGAAAGUGAGCGACUCAGGCGAACGCAGCAGCAAAGACGACGGCGACGUCGUUGUGGUGCCGUCACGAGCCGGUGGUGGUGGUGGUGGUAGCAGCGGCAACAACAGCCGCCCUGAUGCCGGUAGAGAUGUCGAGGGCGAGUGCAUCGUGGUGAAUGACAACGGGACGGACACCACCGCCGACACCUGCAUGGGGAAAGUGCGGCACUUUCUGCUGAACAGCGAUUCCGCGCUCUACGCCUUGCUCAAGUGGGGACUGGCGGUGCUGCUGCUGUUCUUCCUCUCCUUUGUCGUCUUUGGAAUGAUCUACAGUGAGGUGCGCUACAACGGCAACUGCACCGUCGACGCGGGCGUGACGGAUACGCCGGCGCUGCCGGAGGGGUGCGAGAGCCCUUUUGGCGCCAUCCUCGGCGCCUUCCAGAACACCUUCGCUCACAGCAACUGCAACGGGUACUACGUCUCCACUGUGGAUAGCUACAUGAACUUCACAGUGCCCGUCAUGGACGCCGCGACGGGGAUGUUGACCAUGUCGUCGAAGGAGUUCUACACGGGACUGGCCUGGCAGUGCGUCGAGUACGCGCGUCGCUACUGGAUGAUCAACGGUAGACCCAAGCCGGCGUACUUCGGGUCGGUCAUAGGGGCCGCCGAUAUUUGGAAUUUGACGGAGGUGCACCUUCUGGAGAACACCUCGCGGACGCUGCCGCUGCGUAAGUACAAGAGCGGCGACCGCGUCGUCCAGGACGGCCUGCAGCCUCCGCAAGCAGGCGACAUUAUUAUCUACCCCGUCCAGUCAGGUGGCUUCCCCGUGGGCCACGUCGCGGUCGUGACCAAGGUGGAGAUGGGCGAGCAGGGGUUCAUCUACGUUGCGGAGCAGAACUGGGAGAGUACACAAUGGUCCGGCCCCUUUUACAAUUACUCACGCAAGAUCCCCCUCCGCUACGAUCCCCUCACCACCGCCAUCAUCCUGAAUGACCCCGAUGGCAAGAUCAUCGGCUGGAUGCGGUAUGGCUAA